CAAGUAACGCACGCUGACGUCAGUGUCUUGAUGAUUUUCUGAAUUUACUGCUUACCGUUUGGCGGCCGAAUUUAUAAAAUUUACAAAAAUACAAUAAAAACCCGGUGUACCAAAAGUUAAUUUCAAGCAUUUUACGCUACAAAAAUGUCAUCAGGACCAGAGCCCAAGACCGUGGAAACGGAAAAUCAAGAAGCGGGAUCCAGUAUAUUUACCGAUAUAAUUUAUAGCCCCGUUAAUUUGCUAUUGACUGUAAACUGUGUAUUUAUUGUUGUAAUGAUAUACAAAUUGUUAAGGAGUAGGUUUUCUAAACAGUCGGCUGAGGCUGCGACGCCAGAAUUGCCUAAAAUUCGUAAGGAUAUGACGGUGGCGGAGUUGCGGCAGUUUGAUGGGACCCAGCCGGACGGGCGCGUGCUGGUGGCUGUAAACGGGUGGAUAUUCGACGUAACGCGGGGACGCCGCUUCUAUGGGCCCGGCGGUCCUUAUGCUACAUUUGGUGGGAAAGAUGCAUCCAGAGGUCUGGCUACAUUCUCCGUGACAUCAUCAGACAAAGAGUAUGACGACCUUAGUGAUCUCAAUUCUAUGGAGAUGGAGUCAGUUAAAGAGUGGGAGGCUCAGUUCAGAGAGAAAUACGACCUAGUCGGGCGUCUCCUAAAGCCGGGAGAAGAGCCUACGAACUAUUCGGACGAGGAAGGAGAUGACACCGAUCCACCAACCGCCAACUCCGUCGACAAAAAGGAUAACUAACUGGCAACUUAUUUUUUUUAUACAUCUAUUCGGAUUAAGGUGCCGGUAGAUUUAGGCCUUCACUUGUAACGCGAAGGGUUCUCUGUUUUUAUAACUCCGAUCUUUAAUAACAGUUUUAUCGGCCAAUCUGCUCAAACCAACUGACAUUGUAGCAAUGGACUGACGAACUGAACUGUCAAUUUAUGUGGAGAUUGGGUUAUAAAGACAAGAGUUUAAAUACCUACUUCACUGAAACGAUGACGCUGAUUCUCGCUUUCUAAAAGUCGGCACACAAUCGCGGGGGUUGUGCGACUGCUGUAAUUAUUGGCUACUCUUAACAGUAAAAUUUGUUACCACUUAUCUGUAAGCUCUUUCUGAUUGUUGAGUAAAGAUAUAAUUACUGAGUAGUGGUCAAUAACUAUAGCAGUAAUCCUAGAUUCGCUUUAUUUCUAUCAUACGCGGAAAGACUUAUUAACAAACAGUUGCUGAAGAGUUUUGUAGAACACAAUUAAUCUGUGUGUCUAUAAAUGUUGAGUAAAAUCAUUUUUGGUUACAAGUGAGUGUUUAUAUUGAUAAAUGCGCCUUAACUACAUUGGCUUUGGAUACCACUUGGAUGUAAAGGAAGAACAUGAGCGUAUAUUCCUUGACGAUGUUUUAAAUUCCCAAAAUUCUAACUUGACGACGAAAAAUGCAUUUCUAAUUGUCAUGUAAUCGUGAUCGGAACUCGUAUUAACCGCAUUAAAGUAACGUAUGAAGCACACUUUCAAUAUUCACGACGUCGACACUUAACAAGGCACUUGCAAAUAACCUAUUUCAUCCGCCUAACACGCAAGGUAAAAUUAUUUAUAAUUACCCAAAUGCCUAAUAAUUAGACCUAGAGAUUUUUCUAGCACAAACGCUACAGUUUAAGUCCUUGACAUAAAAAAAAUCGACAAUCCUGUUAUUUUUUUAUCAUUUUCUAUUAACAUCAGUGGAAGUUGGAAAAUAUUUCAGUCAAAUAAAGUGAUUUUUUUUCAAGGAGGGAAAUGAAAAGUGACUUAACAUCAAAAAACAGGUUACUUCCAGAAUAGUUUUAAAGUAUGAAGUAAUUGUGUAUAUGUACGAGCAGCGAUGCAGUAGAGUUCGUCUAGACCUUCGCAAAAAAAAUCAAUAAAUUAAACAAAUGUUAUGUAUUAAUUUACAGUAAUCGGAACUUAAUGAAUUUGUGUUGAUCGUAUAAUACAAUGCCAAAAGAUGUAAUUGUUACAAAUCAACAUUAAAUUAAAUAGUAUAGUGUGUAAGUUUGUGAAUAAUAUUGGUUCUCAUCUCGAAGGUAAAUUAUCACUAUUAUCAGUACCUUAAGUACCUACAUACUAGAUGUGUUGCUUUCCUUGCUAUUGUUUUUUUUUCCAUUCUGCAUCUAUCAUAUUCCUACCCAUAAAAUAAAGAAAUAGUAUUUCUUACUUUCAGUACAAAUGGUGCUUCUUGCUUUAGUGUAUACAAAUGAACUGACUGACUGACGAAUACAUAUGCGUCGGGCUGCGUAGGUAAAUUAUUAAUAAAUCUAUAGUUUCGCUAUUAUUUUUUAUUUGAACGGGCUUAUGUUCUUAUUGUUACGAUAUAUAUUAUGGCCGCUGUACACAUAUGGCCAACGGUUCCACCAACCCUUUGUGAAACCCCUUGGCCAAGAUAAGAGCCGCUGUUUACACAUUAGCGAACCAAUCACUUGGCCAUUGCCAAUGCUUGGCAGAGCCAAUGCUCUUCAUGAAAGAUGGACGUGGAAUGGAAAAGUCUAGGAAAUUCUAGGUCAUAGACGUUGACAGAAAAAUUUGAUUAAAAAAUAAUA